UUUCAGAGCUAAUACACUAGUGCUCAUUUCCACCAAUGUAGAUAAACUUUGAUUUUAGUUUAAUUUACUCUUUGUUUUUUUUCAAUUUUUAGAACUAAAGAAAGAUAAAGAGUAAGUUAAACUGAGAUCAAAGUUAAUCUGCAUUGGUGGAAAUAGGCAUAGAAGAUACUUGUGGGUUUAAAAAAUUGGACGACACGUAGAAUAGCUUACACCACGAUGGGCGCUUAAAAAAAAUCACAAGAUACCCAACAGACGGUCUUGCAACAGACAAGAAACCAUUUCAAGUUAUCUUAAUAAACUAAGGCGAAUCGCGAUAGACUCCUCCUCUUCUUGGAUCGAUAUUGUACGAUACUUUAAAGUGGAAUGUCUGUCAGUGAUAGUGUCUGUUGCAAUUAAGCUUUACAUAUAAUUUAAAUCCAUCUGUGAUUCUUCAAGAGAAGAUCAGUGCAGCUUGAUUUUCCUGUAGUUUCAAACACAAAAUCCCUUCAAGAUGCUGAGAUUAUUAAAGUUAUCAAGGAAUUCCCUUUUGAGAGGCACAGCUUUACAGCAGCACGUCGCAUAUCGUACCUUCCAUUCAUCGACCAACGUCGCGUCAAGUGCGUUGCAUUCAAGAAAGGAGCAGACGCAGGAUGAACUGGCCAAGUUCAAGAAGGGCGAGGUUCUUCACGGAUUUAUAGUCGACGAGGUUGCGAACAUAGACGAGCUGUUCCUCACCGCGGUGAGGCUGACGCAUUUGAGCACAGGUGCACAAUAUCUGCACUUGGCCAGGGACGACACCAACAAUGUGUUUUCCAUCGGAUUUCGCACAACCCCCAUGGAUUCUACAGGACUGCCUCACAUCCUGGAGCAUACCACUCUGUGCGGCAGCGAACGAUAUCCCUGCAGGGAUCCGUUCUUCAAGAUGUUGAGGAGAUCCCUGGCCACAUUCAUGAACGCCAUGACCGGGCCGGACUACACUAUAUAUCCGUUCUCGACGCAGAACUUAAAGGACUUCCGCAAUCUGCAGUCAGUCUACUUGGACUCGGUCUUUAAGCCGAAUCUGCGAGAGCUGGACUUUCGACAGGAAGGAUGGAGACUGGAGCACACAGACGUCAACAACAAGGAUUCUCCCAUUAUAUUCAAGGGAGUGGUUUUCAAUGAGAUGAAAGGCGUUUUUAACGACAACCAAGCUAUUAUGGCAGAACGCCUGUUGAAUUCUAUUCUACCGAGCCAUACAUAUUCCGUGAUUUCCGGCGGCGACCCUCUUGUCAUACCCAAUUUGCAAUACGUCGAUCUUCUUAACUUCCACAUGAAGUACUAUCAUCCCUCCAAUUCACGCUUUUAUUCCUAUGGAAAUUUCCCGCUGGAGGACCAUCUGAAAUUCAUCAACGAUCGGUAUCUCUUCUUAUCUGACAGGAUAGACGCUUCCAUGUCGGAAGUACCAGCGGAAAAGCGGUGGAGCGUAGCUAGGAAGGAGCACAUCACGUGCAAGCCCGACCCGCUGCUCGCGGAUCCAAGCAGACACGGCACUAUCGCCAUCGCAUACUUGUGCAACGACAUAGCCGACAUACAGACAACUUUGGAGAUGUACGUGUUGUCGCAACUGUUGCUGAAAGGUCCGAAUUCAGCAUUUUACAAGUCACUAGUUGAAUCAAAUAUAAGCACCGGCUUCGGGCCGUUCACAGGCUUCGAUACGCAGUGCAGAGACUCGAUGUUCGUCGUGAGUCUGCAGGGAGUGAAGCCGGAAGACUUUGAGAAAGUCGAGAGUAUUUUCGACGAGACUGUGCAGAAAGUCAUCGAGGAAGGAUUUGAGAAGGAUCACGUCGAAGCUGUUCUGCAUGGUAUCGAGCUCCAGGUGAAGCAUCAAACGUCGAACUUCGGGUUGAACCUACUCUUCAAUCUGACGCCGUUGUGGAAUCACAACGGCGACUUGAUACAGUCAUUGCGAAUCAACGAUGCGAUAAAGAAAUUCACGUCGCGAAUGAAAGAAAAUCCCAAGUAUCUGCAAAAUCUAAUCAAAACUUAUCUGAAGGACAAUAAUCAUAGAUUGAUGUUAACGAUGUCGCCUGAUGAAAAGUACGAGCAGAAUAAAGCGCUCGCCGAGCAGGAGCUGCUGAAGACAAAGCUAGAGAAACUUUCCGCGGAGGAAAGGGAACAGAUAUACAAGAACGGGAAGAUCUUGCUCGCGGAGCAACAGAAGAAAGAGGACGUUGGUGUCUUACCGACAUUGAAGAUAGAAGAUUUGAAGGCCGACGUGGAGAGAUAUAAGACCUCCGAUUUGGAAGUAUCCGGAGUGCCUCUGCAGCUGUCCGUACAACCGACGAACGGAAUUUCUUAUUACCGAGGAAUACUCAACACGCAGGCGCUGCCGACCGAAUUGAAGCAGCUGAUACCGCUGUUCAACUACGUGGUCGCGAAGAUGGGCACGCAGAAUUAUGACUACAGGAGUUUCGACCAGAUGAUGCAGCUGAAGACCGGCGGUCUGAGCUUCAUGAAUCACAUCGCCGAUCACAAGGAUAAUGAAUUAAAGUACGAGGAGGGAAUUCUCAUAAGCUCGUACUGCCUGGAUCGCAAUUCGAACGAUAUGUGGAAACUGUGGACUGAACUGUUCAACAACGUUAAACUGACCGACCUUCAGAGAUUCGAGACGCUUGUGAAGAUGAAUGCGGCCGACUUGAUCAACGGUAUCUCACACGCCGGUCACUUGUACGCGAUGAGCAGCGCCGCUAGUCUGGUCUCUCCAACAGCCCGGGCCAAGGAGAGUCUCUCGGGACUGCAGUACAUCGCGAGAAUGAAGAAAGUGGCACAGAUACGCGACUUGACUCCCCUGCUGCACAACAUGCAGGAAAUAGCCGAUCACGUCUUGAACAAGAAACACCUGCGAUCGGCCAUUAACUUGUCCGAGGAACACCAGGAUGACGUCUUCCACGGUAUUCACGCAUUCUACGAUUCGCUGAAGGGUCGCUCGGAGAAUCCGCAUGUCAUCACCACCGAUCAGAGCGUCGACACGAAAGAGUGCGGCAAUCACCACGUGCUGCCGUAUACAGUCAAUUAUUGCUCCAAGGCCAUUCUGACCGUUCCUUAUACGAAUCCGGAUUAUGCAGCGUUACGUGUGCUAUCCAAGUUAAUUACUUCGGUGUACCUGCAUCCGGAGAUUCGAGAGAAAGGCGGAGCUUACGGCGGAGGUGCGAAGUUAACGUCAGAGGGAAUCUUUACUUUUUACUCCUACAGAGAUCCGAAUUCCACUCGCACCUUCGAUUUGUUCGACAAGACGUAUGAUUUUCUAGUCCAAUACUCGUUGCCUCAGAGCGACAUAGACGAGGCGAAGCUGGGAGUCUUUCAACAAAUCGACGCUCCUAUUCCUCCCAGUAAUCGAGGUCUAACUAAAUUCAUAAGUAGUAUUACGGACGAUGAUCUACAGAGGCAAAGGCAGCAGCUGAAAGCCGUGACUAGGGAACAGCUCUUGCAUGUAGCAGAAAAGUAUCUGAAACCCGACCAAAACGAUGUCAAAGUGGGCCGUUCGCUUAUUGGACCUACAAACACAGAUAUUUCAAAUAGACAUAAAGAAAAUUGGCUGGUGUUCAAUCAGGAAGAAACAGAUCGAGCACGAGCCACAGACUAAAUAAAUUUCAAAAAUGUUAUUUUUGUUAAUUUUAUAACGACGAGCGUUUCGUUUUACGUUAGACCGCAAACAUGUCAAUGACAUGAACUGUUGUUUCCUGUGACAUAAAUAUUAGAAAUUGAAAAAAAUAACGUAUGUUAAAUACAUACUUAGUACAUGUUAAAUAUUAUAAUUUAUAGUAUUUUUAUAUAUUAAAUGUAUUUCAGUUAAGGAAUAAAAAAAAAUAAAUAUUUUGUUUAAUUUA